AUGGCACGCAUGGACUGCCCCAAGAUUGGCGGUUGCCGAGAGCCCGAGCUCCUCUCUAGCGCACGCUUUGCCGGUCUGAAUAUGGGCCUAAAUGUCGUUUCAGGCCCUGGGCCAACCGUGAGCCACACUGCGCGCCACUGGCUGCCUCCGUCUCGAGUCCGCGCUGCCACAUCCCACACCCAUUUGAUCGACUCAACAACUGGACAGGCAUCGCGCUCCUUCAUCACCACCCGCGCCGAGCCGACGCGUUGUGAGCCAAUUGCGACGUCAGCCAAACGCGUUGAUCGCCUGUACCAAUCGCCUGGUGUCGAAUCGUGGGAAGUCAGUCCAAUCGCCGUGGCGUUGUUUUACCUGGCCUCACCGACGAUUCGCUCGACAACGCUCAACAAUUCUGUACCCUCCAAUGCCCACCGACAAAUGCCUCGAUGGCAACCGCCGUCCGAGCUGGGAUGA